CGAAAGUUUGGUUCAUUAUUGAAGUGUUUCACCUUAAAGUUCUCUAUCCCGGAUCAGUUUGUUGACCGAUUUGGCGGCGGCUUGACCAAUGUUUAUUUUUACUUACUAAAAAGUAUAUAUUGCUAUCAAAUCGUAAAUUUACGAUAAACGACUAACAAUGUCCAAGAAGCCCAAAAAGCGAAAAGUUCGACAAUACACCAGGGAAAGUUUGUUCAAAGCCAUCGAUGCCGUUGACCAAGGGAUGAGUUUAUUCAAGGCGGCAGCUACCUUUGGCGUCCCUCGUACAACACUGUCCUCCUACUAUGAAGAUCGGAACCGGCAGGGUAAAACCGGUCCCACGCUUACAUUCACUGACGCCGAGGAGCAAUUGAUGGUCGAGUGGACACGGGACGUUUACCAGAAAGGCUUGUUUUGUAGAGCUUCGGAACUGUUGGAAGCAGCCCGUUGCAUCUUAGAUGACUGUCCAAGGACCGGGAAGCAGAAGGCUCGAAACUUGUCUACUAGUUGGGUAAGAGCAUUCUACAAGCGACACCCUCAAGUGCCCACAUAUCUGCGCGUGGACAUGGAAGAAUCGCCUGAGUUGCCACAACAGAAGUGCUUCGAGACUGUUUUCCAGCAUCUGGAUUGUCUCGAUAUCUUCAACGAUCCCUCACGUGUUUUCAAGUACAACGAAAUCAAAUUCGGCCUUUGUUCAAAUUUUUACAACUACAUUGCUGGCGAUAACGCGUCCAGCAAAUCUGAAUUAAUUACUACUGGUGUUAUAACAUCAGCAAGUGGCAGACUAGCCUUCCCCAGUAUAAUAUAUCCACACGAUGGAACUAUUCCGUUGGAACUGGCAGCUACAGUGCCCUUAUUUUAUGGAUAUGGCAGUAGUCCAAAAGGCACUUCAACGACCACUACCUUCUACAAUUACGUCACCAAAGUUUUCUACAAGUACUUGAUGUUGAACAAAAUGCCUAUUCCUGUGGUUCUUUUUGUGGACGGAACUAGGCCAAAUGUAUCGUUCAGAUUGUGGCAAGCAUGUAGGUCUCUUGGAAUCAUUUUAGUGGCAUUUAAUCCAGAUGAAAGUUUCAACUUUAACAAUAAGUACUUCCCGUCAAAAACAUUGCUCACAACCCACAUCGUGGAGAAGCUUCGUGAUGCACUGGCCCAGUGGAGGGAAAGCAACGGAAACCGGAUAUCGGAAAUGCACUUUGCUGAACUGCUCCAACCAGUUGUUCACAACCUCAUUCCAACUGAUCUGAUAAAGAGUGACUGGGCGAAGUUUACCUUCUAUCAAUGGAUCCAAAAGCGGCGAUCGCAGGUAGAAGACAUCGAAUUCGUCAGUGCAAAUCCUGCGGCAUCAAAAAAGAAAUCUUCGACUGCAAACGACAAAGCAUCGAGUGGAAAAUCGCCGGUGGCCGUAGAGGAAAAACCGUCAUAGUAAGUGAUCUCACAUGUUUGGACGCAGACGAGGCGGAUGUUGUAAAUAGAGGAUAUAAAACUGACAAAAUUGAACAUCAAAACAAAAAUUUGUAUUGCGCUCAACAUUAGCACAGAUAUGCCAUACUGAUUCUUUUUAACGAAUAAGGAUAUAAAACUGACAAAACUACAAGCCAAAAUAAAAAGUUGCAUUGCGCUCAAAAUUAGCAACGAUUUGCCUGAAAAAUAAAAUAAGAAAGGAAAUUAUAAUUAUUUAUUAUAUCAAAAUCCCAAUUAUUGCUCAUAAUAAAUAAAAAUAAACUUAAAUUAAUAACUGAAUUUGUAUUCAUGGCACGUGAAAAGCAGGAAAAGAAAUAAAAUGGAUGUGCGUUUUCCGGUGUGGCACAUUCUGGCCAUCCCUAAUUUAUACUCAACAGGCAAAGCGCAUAUUGAAGAAGGAAUCACAACAAAGUAGAUAAAAGGAUCCUUGGAUCGAUAGGUAAGGCUUUCCCAGGGAAAAUUUUCAUUAAUUUGAGUUUUCACUCGAUCAGACCAAUCUGCCAUCGAUUUUCCAUCAAUUGUGUCCUGCUCGGCAGCUGCAGCCAUAUCUCAACACGACGAAUGUCUGGCGCUGGAGGACGAUUUUUUCAGAAUCCUUUCCAAGACUAUGUAGGAGGCCCAGUAGUGAAAAAUGACGACCAUAUCAGGGGAUUGAUCCAAUCCUACGUAAAUCUCAUCGUGGACAAUACGAAGCCGGGGAAGAAUAGCGACCAUCGGGGAGACUUGUAUGUGGGCGAUGCUGGUAUUGCGUAUAUGUUUCUGAGGCUGCACGAAAAUGGACUUUUCGGAGCUGAUGCCCUCCAGUAUGCCAAGCAGUACGUGGCCAAUGCCAAGAGUAAAGCUGUACGCUAUGCAGCUCGGGCUGAGGAACGGUGUUCUUAUCUCUGUGGAAAUGCAGGGAUCUAUGCGGUUUCAGCUGUCAUUUGUCACAAAAUGGGACAAAGACAGGAGAUGGAUGAAGACCUAAGAAAUUUUGCUUCUGGCAUUACCGUGUGCAAGAAGAUUGACUUUAACAAAAACGGAAGCGACGAAUUGCUCUUUGGAAGAGCGGGAUAUCUAAGUGGGAUUUAUUGGCUGCAUCAGACAAUCGACAAGAAGUUAUUUGCUCACGAGACGUUGAACACUAUUUGUGGAGUUAUAAUCGAAAGUGGAAAACGCUAUUCAACAGCUCAUCGCAGCCCAAUUCCGUUGAUGUACCAUUGUUGGGGAGAUGAAUACCUUGGAGCAGCUCACGGAGUUUCUUCCAUUAUGCACAUGCUGCUGGAGUCACCAUUUCAAGCAAAUCCGAAUUGCACCGAAUUGGCUGCAGUUCGUGCCACAAUCAAUAGUUUAUUGUCCUUACAGGAUGCUGAAGGAAAUUUUCCUGUAACGCUACAAGAUUAUUUGCAACGAACGAGGGACGAAACAUUGGUCCAUUGGUGUCAUGGCGCACCCGGUAUAGUGUAUCUUAUGGCCAAGGCUUAUAUUGUCUUCAAAGACCAAAAAUAUCUCCAAUCCUGUGUUCGUUGCGCUGAUCUAGUUUGGCGCAAAGGAUUGUUGCGUAAGGGCCCGGGCAUAUGCCACGGUGUAGCCGGCAGUGGAUAUGUCUUCCUCCUCCUCUAUAGACUGACCGCAGAUCCCAAAUACCUCUACCGUGCUAUCAAGUUCAUGGAAUAUUUAACGCAUGAGGAGUUCAUUCGUUAUGCUCGCAAUCCAGAUCGUCCCUUUAGUCUGUACGAAGGCUACGCCGGAACCGUUUGUUUCCUGUUGGACUUACUGCGACCAGAGCGUGCCAGCUUCCCGUUUAUGGAUGUGUUCGAUACCAAGUGUUAGGAUUAGAAUUAAACGAAAAUCUUCACAUUGAACUAGUUUAGACGUAUUUCACGAUGAAUAAAUUAAUUUAUUGAUUCCACAAUUAUGCACAAA